AUGGUUGAAUACGGGGUUGCUGAUGCUCCCACGGAGCCGAACUCCUCUUUGGAGGAAACAAACAAGACUGGUCUAUGCCAAAGCUUGGCCAGCGAUAAGCAAAACCUCACAGAGGAUGAAAAAGCUGUGAUCACGGUACGUAGUCUGGUUUUUGACCUCACACAUCAAAAUGGCGGGGGUCAUGGGGGAUCAGCCCUCGGGCACGCGAGCAUGUUCUUGUACAUCAUGAACUAUCUCACUGGAUUCGAUGACUGGACCAUGGAUGAGCUAAAAGGCUAUGGUGCACCAAAGGAAAAUGGCUUCACCACAAUUAGCCACGGGCACCCAGAACGCGAAGUCCCGGGUAUAGAGAUGACGACUGGUCCUUUAGGUCAGGGGAUCGCCAAUGCAGUUGGCCUUGCUAUAGCUUCCAAGAAUCUUGGGGCUCGCUUCAACAAGGAUAAAUUCCCUCUAUUUGCCUCUAGGGUUUACUCGAUUUCCCUCGCGGGUCACUUGAAAUUAAACAACCUCAUCGUCACCUACGAUAACAACUCAGUGACAUGUGAUGGCCCUCUCGACUGGAUCAACUCCGAAGAUAUCAAUGAAAAAAUGCGGGCUUGCGGUUGGUAUACCAUUGAUGUGAUGGACGGUGCACAUAACGUUCAGGGAAUCGUUGCAGCUCUCGCACAGGCGAAACUUGUGUCCGACAAGCCUGUCUUCAUCAAUAUUCGCACUGUGAUUGGAGUUGGAACACUUGUUGCCGGGACCGCAAAAGCUCACCACGGCUUGUUUGAUAAAGCCAGCAUUGAAACAUCAAAGCGCCUUAUCGGUCUCGAGCCCCAGAGUUCACACACUGUACCCGACUCUAUACUGAAAUUCUUCCGCGAGCGCAAAGACCAUGGGGAGAUGCUGCAGCGUGAAUGGAAUGAAAUGUUGGUGGAAUAUACGUCUUCAUUCCCUGACGAGGCGAAGCAAGCUCUGCGUCGGAUGGGUGGAGAGCUUGACAGAUCGGUCUUGGAAACACUGUCAACCUUGGACAGUGUCAGCCUUCGGGGUCUGGCGACGCGAGAGACGAAUGGAAUUAUCCUUGAGAAAUUGUGGGAACUGUGCCCUGCAAUAUUUGGUGGUGGAGCAGACCUGGUCAACUCCAACAAGGUGAGGUACAAAGAUAAAGAUGUUUUCCACCCCGCUACAGGGUUCCAGGGAAGAUAUAUUCGCUAUGGUAUCCGAGAACAUGCCAUGUGUGCGAUAUCGAAUGGGCUUGCUGGAUUCUCUCCCGGAGCAUUCAUACCCGUGACUGCCACGUUUCUCAUGUUUUACAUAUAUGCAGCACCUGGAGUUCGCAUGGGUGCCCUUUCCGGGCUUCAGGUAAUUCACUGCGCUACUCAUGACUCUUUCGCUGAGGGUCAAAAUGGGCCCACACAUCAGCCCGUUGAGCUCGAUUCACUAUAUCGAGCCAUGCCCAAUCUUACAUAUAUUCGUCCAAGCGAUGCAGAGGAGGUUAUAGGAGCAUGGCAGUAUGCAAUCACGAACUCCCACAGCUCGACCAUGAUAUCCGUUGCUCGUGAUCCUACUGGACCCAUUUCGAACACGAACAGACACAAGGUCUCCAACGGAUGCUAUGUUAUUCAAGAACACGAAAACGCAUGCAUCACCCUCGCUAGCUGUGGAUCAAAUUUGCAUUAUACUCUUGCUGCAGCCAAAAUCCUAGGGGAUAGAGGCUUCCCAGCUCGAGUCGUUAGCGCGCCCAGCUUGGAUAUCUUUGCCUUGAAAGAUACUGAGUAUCAGAGAUCGGUGUUUCCUAUCGACGGUAAGCCAAUUGUCAGCAUCGAAGAAUAUGUGCCGACUGUAUGGGCGCGCUAUGCCACAGCAAGCAUUGGCAUGAGCACUUAUGGCUACUCGGCUUCAAACAAGAGCAACUACCGGCGGUUUGGGCUGGAUUCUGAGGGCAUCGUGGAUAAAUGCCUCGGAUACUUGAAGCAGGUUGGGAAAGCCAAUGCACGCACCUUUGGCUGGCAGCAGCUUUGA